UUGCAUGGGGCGUUGGCUCUGUGAAAAGGGAGGGAGGGAAAGAUAUAUACUUAUUGGCUCUGUAGUUUGAGCAUUACUACUAACAUACCCCUACUGCUAGACAGGGGGGCCAUGAACAACCAUGGACAGGACUCCAGCAUUCCCGAUGGUAUACGGCAUUCUCGUUCGUACGGCCGGAUUACUCCGGGAAAUAAACCCCGAAUCGUCUGAGCCAAUGAACAGAAAGAGGUCGACAGGGUUAGCAGAGGUCAAACUCGGAUGUCUCCACGGCCUAGUUAAGAGAACCAGCAGCGUUCUUAUAGAAGGCCGGCAGCAGGAGGAAAAUCCGUCCAGGUCAGUGAUACACCUACUUCGUCCGUCAUGCAGCUCUUGCGCUCUUAGCAAUUUAAUCCGACCAUCAGGGGCCGUUAACGUCGGAAAUGUCUAUCGGUGGUGUCAUUACUGUGUUGCGGUCUAUACUCUGAUCUUGUUAUGCGCUGUGUGGGUGGCCGAAAGGCAAUGCCUGAGUGGUUGGGUGGUGAACACGGUAUCCAGUACGAAGAGAAACAAAAACUAAGAGAAGAAGGUUUCAACGUUUAACUUCCUUAAUUCCUCAACUUAUUGCGACCAGCUGCAAUCAUGAAAUGACUCAUCUUGAUGUCAAUGUAUCGGACGCCAAAAAGUCAAGAUGAGACAUGGGAAGCCCAGGUAAAGGGCAUUCCAUUGCAUGCUGCU